GGGUUUCUGCAACGAUCGCGCCAUGCCAUAAUGGGAGCUGCAGGAGCUGUUCGUCGAGCAGCCACUAGAAGUACAGGAGCUUUUGCAGAAGACACUAGGAAAGUAGAAGCUAUUGCGAUAGCAGCAGAUGGAUCAAUUUGGACUGGAAGCAUGAAUGGCGUAAUUGCUCAGUGGGACGGAAAUGGAAACCGUUUGCGGGAGGUGAAUCAUCAUCAGCAGGCUGUUCUGUGCUUUUGCACUUUUGGUGAUCGAAUAUAUGUGGGUUAUGCAAGUGGUUACAUCCAGGUCUUGGAUCUUGGUGGAAAGCUAAUUGCAAGCUGGGUUUCACACAAUGAACCUGUGAUAAAGCUAGCAGCAGGUGGUGGUUUCAUUUUUAGCUUAGCAACUCAUGGUGGUGUAAGAGGAUGGUAUGUGACAUCUCCAGGACCUCUGGACAGCGUAAUCCGAACGGAACUCUCUCAAAAGGAAAUGUCCUAUGCUCGACAAGACAGUGUUAAAAUCUUGGUUGGUACCUGGAAUGUUGGUGAAGGGCGGGCCUCACGUGGGGCGCUUGUGUCUUGGCUGAGUUCUGCUGUUUCAGAUGUCGGCAUUGUUGCUAUUGGGUUGCAAGAGGUGGAUAUGGGG